AGGACGGGACGGACCUUGAUUGUCACAUGACAGCGACUCCAUAGGAUCUUCCUCCACGGUUGUCGACUCCCGGUAUAAGACAAAGAGAUCUGACUUUCUGUCACCCAUAUCUAUUUUCAUCUGAGCUGCUCCUUUCGUACCAUUGGCGUGAUGAACGAUCCUUUUAGGGAACGUCGCCUUACCACGACCUUGCCUCCUCUUUCCCAGAGUGCGAGCAAGAGCGAGAUCUGCAAUCGACUUAAACUCAGUGAGAGUACACACAAACUGCUCCUCGCCGAAGCUGUGGUUGCUAGGAACGCGUUGAGCUCGAACCGCUACAAUUUGACAGAGCAAUCGAGGGCAGACCCCUCUGUAGCGGAACCAUAUAGAUGGGACGAGUUAUCCGAAACGUCAAAACAUCUGCAUAUUUUGAUGAUCGUCCGCGAUGCUUGCGCCGAAACGAGACCAUAUUAUGACAUUGGUCGUUACUGUACUCAGGUCAACGAAGAGAACUGGGUCGCUAGAUGGUACCUUUGGCAUAGCUUCCGUUACAGAGACAACCGACCAAGGGAGCGAAUUCCUCCUAAUAAUAACGGUAGGUGUAUUUCUGAGUUGAGGAGCAGACAUAUCGUAUCGUAUCUGGUGCAGGUCAGCUAACGGACCCUAGGAGCGCAACCAUACUAUGAUC